GCCCGAUUCUCCUACCUGCACAUGAAGUAUCUGUUCUUCUCGUGGCUGGCAGUAUUUGUGGGUAGCUGGGUGGUGUAUGUGGAGUACUCAUCCUACUCAGAGCUGUGUCGUGGACAUGAGUGCAAGAAUUCCAUAUGUGACAAGUACAGGAAAGGAGUGAUCGACGGCUCGGCAUGCAGAAGCCUGUGUGAAAAAGACACGCUGUACCUGGGGAAGUGUCUCUCUGCCAAGCCGAACAACCAGGUGUACUCAGGUGGCUGGGGGGACCUAGAGGGGGUGAUUAAGUGCCAAAUGGAAGAAAUUCCUCAUUAUAACCUGGGAGCAGAGAUGGAGCACAGGAAGGAGGCAUCUCCCUUCAACAAGCCCACCAAGGGAACUUCCGUGGAGAAGUUCAAAGAGAUGGUCCUCAGCCACCUCAAGACCAAGGUGGGUGAACAGGCCAACCUUCCAGACCUGGUGAGCCUGGUUUUCUCCGUGGCCGACUACAACAAAGAUGGCCUCAUCUCCUUGCCGGAGGCCCGCUCCACGUGGGCUCUUCUCCAGCUCAAUGAGUUUCUGCUAGCAAUAGUCCUGCAGGACAGAGAGCACACCCCUAGGCUCCUGGGCUUCUGUGGGGACCUGUAUGUGAUGGAGAAGGUGCCCUAUGCUCCCCUGUACGGCAUCAGCCUGCCCUGGGUGGUGGAGCUGUGGAUCCCCGCGGGGGUACGACGCAGCAUGGACCAGUGGUUCACGCCCUCCUGGCCCCGCAAGGCCAAGAUCUCCAUCGGCCUCCUGGAGCUCGUUGAGGAUGUCUUCCACGGGACCUUCGGCUCCUUCCUCAUGUGUGACAUGAGCGCGGACGGCUUCGGUUACAACGACCGCCACGACCUGAAGGUGAUGGACACUCACCACAUUGUCCCUGAGGCCACCUUCCAGAAAGCCAUGAGGGAGCGGCGGUGCGACACGGAAGAGGACUGUCUGUACGGUGCUGACUGUCGCACUUCCUGUGACCUCACCAAGCACCGGUGUACGCCAGAGGUGACACAGCCCAACCUGGCCAAGGCGUGCGGCGCACUGAAGGAUUACCUCCUGAACGGGGCGCCGUCUGACAUUCAGGAGGAGCUGGAGAAACAACUGUAUGCAUGUAUCGCAUUGAAGGGCUCGGCAGAACAGAUGGAGAUGGAACACUCGCUUAUACUGAACAACCUGAAGAGUUUGUUGUGGAAAAAGAUAUCGCACACCAAGGACUCCUAA